UAUUUGUAUGUAUGUAUUGCGACAGCAAAAACAGAAAAAAGCUAAACUGAACUCUUCCGUUGAUUUAAGUAAAAUACAAAAAUUUUGUUAUUAAAAUGGCGAAAGCUGGAAAUCCGUUUAAUAUUUUGCGUAAUAUAUACCACAAUGAGUUUCAGUGGAUGUUGGUGAAAAGCUUCGGCAUGUUCUUUCUGGGAGUUCGAAUUGCCAAGGAGUUCGUGGGCGUGGAGUUGAUGCCCAGCGUGAUGCCGGCCUAGUAUAAUGAAUAAUAAAACCAAAUUCGCCAUGUACAAAAAAUAGGGCAGUUAACUAAUUAUAAUUUAAACGACAAAUUAUGUACAAAA